AUGAGCAAUACCUUUCAGCAAGGAGAGGGAGGAGGCUUCCUCAAUCCCACUCUCCCAUCUCCAGCUCCCUCUACAGCCACAAACGCAACCACCACCAGUAAUAGUACAACAACACCGUCACAUCUUCCACGCCAACGGAUGCAUCCACUUAAGCCCGGUGGAGUGAAGGAGUCAUCUUUAAUCAACUACGUCGAUGGCAAGAUAUUGCGAAUCAAUCGUCGGCAUGCAAAGAAGUUUAGUAGCGUGAUUGAUGAUCCGAACGACGGUGAUGGCGAUGGUGGGGAAGAGCAGACUAAAGGAUAUGAGAGUUUUAAAGAGGUUGUCAAAGAUAUUGAAGAGGUUAUUGAUGUUGUUUGGGUCAGUGGCACACCAUCGAUACAAAUACCCUACCUCAUAUCCCUAGCAGGAUUGAUAAACACCUAUCUCCCCGAAUACCCUCAUUUUCAACCAAAGCCGACAUUCCGGCUUCUCAAAAAGCUGGACAUCAUAUUCGCCAGUCUUCUGCUCGGCGAAGACAUCGAGUCCGGUGCACCGCUCAGCGGAUUCGAGUAUACAAAGAAUAUUGUUAGUAUGACUGAAAAGGUGAGAAUCAAAAGCAUUGCCGAGACGAGUCGGAUUGUAGUGGUGGAGAUGAGGGAGAAGGAGGUGGAAUAUCAAGAUGAGGAUGAUGAUAGCGAGAAUGACGGGGACGAUGGAAUGGAUAUAGACGAAAGCGACUUUGAGAGUAGUCACACGGGGCUAUGGGAAAUGGAGGCUGCCAGAGUCUAUGAGCGGACGAUUCAGUUCUUGGGCGACGAACUGGGGAAGGGAGGUGAACUUGUAGUAUGA